UGCUACGGCUACGGAGCAGUUCUCUUCAAAAUAUCCUAAAGGACCAAGUCAAAAGGCAAGUCAUUUUGAAUAGUCACUCCCACCAUCAUUCAUUUAUCUCUCCUCCCCUGCUAAACGAUCAGAUAAGGUAAUCUCCCUCCAUCUAUCACCAUGCUUUCUCUCUCCUCCCCAAAAACCCUCUCUCUCUCCGCCACCUCCUCCACCCUUUUCUCCACCACUAAACACCUUCUCCCACCUCUCCGCCUCCCCAACAAACACCCCUCCCCUACUAUCACCGCCUCCUCCAACUCUCCACCACCCUCACGCCUCAUCAUCCCCAACUCCUCCUCCUACUCGAAAUCAUCCUCCUCCAACUCCAACUCCUACUCCAGCCCAACCCCUCAACCGCAAAACCUCUACCAACCCUACCGCCCUCCCGCCAACCCCCUCCCAGAGAAAUACAAAAACCUCGACACCCUCUCCAUCGUGGAGGUCCUUGCUAACCGUCUCGGGCUCUGGUACGAAUACGCCCCACUUAUCUCUAGCCUCUUUCGCGACGGCUUCACCCCGCCCUCCAUCGAAGAGCUCACUGGAAUCACCGGCGUCGAUCAGAACCGCCUCGUCGUAGCCGCUCAAGUCCGGGAAUCCAUUGCCGAGGACACCCUCAUUGAGCCCGAAACUCUUGCCUAUUUCGAUUCUGGCGGGUCCGAGAUUCUGUACGAACUUCGGCUACUGUCUACAUGGCAGAGGGCUGCUACGGCUAACUAUAUUGUGAGGAAUAAAUUGGAUGGAGAUAAAGCGCGGGAGAUUGCCCGGUCGAUUAAGGAAUUUCCCGCAAGACAGGAUGAGCCUUGUAUUGUUAAUUUUGACUAUACUAAGCCUGGGGAUUGUUGGGCGUUUACAUAUUUCCGGCUUUCGAGGGAGUUUAAGAACCCUUCGGAUAAGAGGAGCUCGGCAUUGGUAACGGCAUUAGAGGUAGCAGAGACGGAUAAGGCCAAGGAUAUUAUAAAGGAGGAGAUUGAGGGAAAGAAGGAAGGGGAGUUGGAGGAGAUUGUAAAGGUUGCAGUUAAGGUUCCCGUGGUGAGGUUGAAGAUGGGGGAAGUGGCAGAAGCGACGACGGUGGUUGUUUUGCCAGUAUCUAUUGCGGCAGAGGGGGAAAGUGGGGUUGGGAAGGUACCUAUGGAGUGUAAGAGUGAAGGAGGUUUUGGGAUUGUUGUUGCGGAUAAGGGGUGGGAUAGGUGGGUGGUGCUACCUAGAUGGGUUCCAUUGUUGGGGAUCGGGUCUGGGGUGGCUGUGUCGUUUAGUAAUGCCAAAGUGUUGCCUUGGAGGGUGAAUCGGACGUAUGUGAAUGAGCCAGUUUUGGUGGUCAUAGAUAGGAAGAGGAAACAAGUGGAGUUUGAUGAUGGCUUUUACUUGGUGGCUGGGAGUGGCGGUGAUGAUGGUGGUUUAAAGGUGGAAAAAGGUUCAAUUUUGAAGGAAACUGGGGUGGCCGAGACCAUAGGGACGGUUGUAAUUGUGGUAAGGCCACCUAAUUACGAGGUUGAUGACCAAUUAAGUGAUGAGGAUUGGGAUUGAUUGUUUUGUUUAAAAGGCGGUGUUUUUAGAUUAUAUAGAGGGAAAAGAGACCAAAGAUAAAUGUGGUUGCUUGUAUGAUGCCUGUUGCUCAACUUACAGAGCUUGUAAUUUUGUUUUGAAAAAUUUGAUACAUAAUUAUUGACAUCUCUUUACGAAGAAUAA